AUGGCCAUUAAUCUCGCAGCCAGCACAGAAACCGCCAGGCCAAUCACGGCGCGCCUUUUGCACUUAUCUCUGCCUCUCGGGGCCAUGGCGAGCGUCGGGGCGGGACAGGCGAUGCAAUUAGCCUUAAUCGAUCUUGCCAGCGAUCUCGACAUCGAUCUUGAUCUCGCCAUCACCACCGUCGUCCACGGCAUCGUCCACGGCAUCGUCGCCAGCAUGGCGAAACGGGGCCGGCCCUCGCUCAACCUGACGCCCGAGGAGCGCAUCCAACGCCGCCGUAUGCAGCUCGUCGCCUCCCAGCGCAAGCGCAGGGCCCAUAAACGCCUCGCCCUCCAGCUGUCCAAGGCCCAGCCUAAGCCCGACACGGAGCCCAACUCGCUACCCCCAAGGCCAGACGAGGCUGAGCUGUGUCGCUACUACGAUGCCGUUUUCUUGGGCCAGGACGACGCCGCAACGCUCAGCAGCAGCGGCAGUGACGCCAUCGCGGCCGAAACAGAGUCCACGGCCAAGACGACGACGGCUCGACCCACGACGAGAAACACCACAAAGACAUCGACACGGAUCGUUGCCAACGUGACUCGGAACACGUCCUCUCCGGACCUCCAGGCGCCGCUCACAGCCUGCCAUCCGUGCGGCUCUGCACCUCCAGACGCGAUCUCGGAGACGAGCUUGGCCAGUGCUCCGCUAGCUGCAGUCGUAGGCCCUCACUCUCGGGCAAGUCUCUUGCAGACUAUCAAGCCAAGAAUAGAUACUCAUGCUCCAUCGUCCAGACUCGAGGGCCCAUCAGUGUGGGCUGACUUCACGGUUGCCGAGUCUGGCAAAUCGGGCAUCAGUCCGGCCGUCUUCGCCUCGGAGCAUAUGGCAUAUACUACUACUAGUAGUACCAUGCCACUACUAAGUUCUGUGCUCGACUCAUCAGUCCAGCACGCAUUCGACUUAGACAGUAGCCAUUUGUUGGGCCAGCCAGCCACACGCUCGAACCGGCUACUGAUUGCCAAAGGCUCCGAUAACGUCUUCUCGCCCGGCCGGUUCAGCACAAUAGAGUCGGAGUGGAUCCCGACAGACGCACACGAGACGCCGUACAGCCAUAGACACAUCAAGCCCUACCAUCGUCGACCACCCUCCCCGUCCUUACCAGAUAGCGGCCCGGCGUUACUGUCAGUUGAGGCUGCCGAUUUCGCGGCACCAUGGGCGGGAGCUAAGCAAGCUAUACCGAUGGGUUUCUGAUCAAAGCCCAGAGUGACGAAUCACGAGUCAGCCGAUGACCACACUCAAGCAUGUAUCCCAUCGCCCCUUCCAUAGAGCACAUCAUUGAGAGCGCAGCGUUUGUUUACUGUCGGCGUUUUUGGGGGGUUCUCCUAUCGAGGUGACUUGAGAUACAGCACCACUCAUUCCUCAAAUCUGAGCAUUUGGAGGAAAACAGAAGCCUUGUUCAUUGCACAGUCGUCACCUUGACUGCCUUGUGCUUGAUCCAAGGCAGCAGCUAUUUUUAGGCGCGUGACGGGCUUUAUAUGCGACGUACCAGUAAUACGGAACGGGCGUUGUCGGGGCACAGUACCGCAUGCACGGUCACACACACAUAGCCUUGGGACACUCUGAUGUUGACAGCUACAGAUUUAUGACUUGUUACGGGAGAUUGUUAUUGGCUCCAAGGACUACAGAGCUAGGGGCGAGAUAUC